UUUGGAGCUGGGCAUGUAAAAACGAAGUAGGUAGGGCUUAUUCGUUCAAUUCAAGCUUGCGGUUCCUUUUCACCCAUCUUCAUCAUCUUUCGUCACCGUCACCGAAAGGACACUCAUUCCCAAUGUCUAAACGAUUGGGCCCAAUCAUCGCCGCUGCUGGUGCCGCCGCAGUAGGCGUCGGCAUCUAUCGGAGCAGGAAAGCAGGCACUGGCGAAGGCCAAGAUGGCCCAUCCAGAAACCAAGCACAAACCAAGCGCGACCUUGAAUUACAAGGCGCUGGUGUGGGGGGCAACAUGAUGACCGGUGGCACUGAGCUGUCUCCGGACCGCCCUGAUAGAAACCCUGAGCGAAGAACAGGAACAACGGCGCCACCUUCAGAGCUCCCAUCUGGAGGUGUCGGAGGAGGUGAGGGUGCUGGGGGAGCUGGUGCUCGAAGGGUGCAGCUGCCCACGUCGGGCAAGUCACAAGACGCGACUGGAAAGAACAAAAACGUGUCUGAUACCAUGGACGACCUAGAGAAAAGCCUACCAUUCCGCGGGUCUUCAUCUUCCGAGGAACGCCCCGGCGUCUUGGGAACCAUACAAGGGGCUCUUGGCCACGGCGGGAAGAAGGCAGCCGACAAGCCGGAGGACUCAGUUAUUCGCAAUACCAGAGACAUAAGCAAGAUGGGAAGCGAGGUGCCUUCCAAAAAGAGGGCCCCGAAGUCUUUAGAGUAGUUUACUGCCCCAGAAACGUCUCUAUUUGGGUCGAUUCAACAGGGUUGAGCAUAAAAAUACUAGCUUGCCACGUCGCAUCACGGCAAGGCUUUCCCUUCUUCCCCAUUGCUGUUGUGUAGUGGUAGUACAUAGCUGGUUCACCUGAAGA